CGUGGUACCCUGACUUCAACUACGAUGAUUGCAGAUUUGUAAGCACACGGCAACAUGCGGACAGCUGAAAUCUAAUGCCAUGAAUACAAGCCGCACACGCAAACCAACGGGCUGAUUAUUAAUGAACAGAUCAAUUAAAAAGAAAAUGGAAUCCUCGAACACAAUACCUGUGUAUGGCAAGGGGAAGAUCGGAAUCAUUGGGAGUGGCCUGAUUGGACGGAGCUGGACAUUAAUAUUCAUUAGCGCCGGAUACAAUGUCACAAUAUUUGACAUUGAACAAUCGCAGCUUUCAGGUGCCUUAGUCGACAUUGAAAAACAGUUGGCGGAACUCCAGAAAUCUGGGCUGCUGAGGGGUGCACUGACACCUGAACAACAGAGGGCGCUAGUCAGUGUGACCAGUGACAUGAAAGAGGCCAUCACUGGUGCCCUGCAUAUACAGGAAUGUGUGCCCGAGAACGAAGACUUGAAGAGGAAAGUCUUUUCCGAGAUGGAGCAGUACGCUGACGAUUCAACGGUGCUCUGUAGCUCAACCUCUUGCAUCGUGCCGUCCAAAUUUACCGACCAUCUCAAGCGACGAAGCCAGUGCAUCGUGGCCCACCCUGUCAACCCUCCCUACUAUUGCCCUCUUGUUGAGAUCAUCCCUAGUCCCUGGACCGAGCCGUCGGUCGUGUCGCGAACCCGAACUUUAUUGGAAGGAGUGGGCCAAGUACCGGUGACAGUGAAGAAGGAGAUUGAUGGCUUUGCGCUGAAUCGUUUGCAAUAUGCCAUCAUCAAUGAAGCAUGGAGGCUGGUAGCUGAUGGAGUGAUGUCUGCAGAGGACGUGGACAAAGUUUUCACCGCCGGUUUAGGGAUGCGCUACGCUUUCUGCGGACCGUUCGAGGUCAUACAUCUCAAUGCUGAAGGUACUGCAAGCUAUUUAGAACGGUACGGGUCGACCAUUCAGCGCGUGUCGUCGACGUUUGGACCGUCGCCUACUUUCACCGGACCGGCGUUCGAUACCAUCGUGCAAGACAACGACGCAAACUAUCCACUGGACAAACUACAAGAGAUACGUCAGUGGCGGGAUACCAGACUUGUGGCACUGGCUAAACUUAAAAAAGAUUUGGAGUCUCAAAAGCCGCUAUGAUAAUACCAAAUUUAGAAAUGACAAACAUUUCAAAAUGAUGUACUGAGUUUCAGGGAUUUUGAUUUUGAAAUUAGUGAUUUUUUUACCGAAUAUAAAAUGACCAUAUCACCUCGUUAGGUUAUACCACUUUUGUUAAAGAUAAAUUAUGCUUAAAGGUAGGUUGUGGAUUCAUAACUGAAUUUGCAUAAAUUUGCAUAAUUUUUGACAUUUUCAUUUGUACUUUACUUGAAAAUUGGACAAUUUCAAGAGAAGGCAAAUCAAACCUUAUUUUUUGUAAUCUGUGUAAAAAUUUGUAUUUUUGUUUCAAUUCUUGCAGGCUGAAUAUAAUAGAAUUUUAUUCAGGGAAAUUAACUUAGUCUUGAUAAUCCAAAUAAUAGCAAUUAUAGAUAGAUCUUUAGAUAUGAAAUUAUGAAUAUUACUUGCGGGUGCAUUUGGUUUAUUUUAAUUAGUGAAUAAUUUUCCUCGUUCAAUUUUACUUUUCAGGGUUGACAAAUUUUAUCAAAGAAAUAAAUGAUGCUUUAUCUUUUAUGGGCUUAGGGUUCCCAUCACAGGAAAUUGUAAAUUUGCAGAUAAAAGGUUUGCAUUGUUUGUAACAUGGCCAAGUUGCCCCUUGUUCAGAGUGGUAAUAUUUCUUUACUCAAAAUAUAAAAUUACGAAAAAAGAAAACGAAUAUAUGUUGGUAAACUUCUAAUAAAGUCUUGAAAUGAUUAA